AUGGAUACAUAUGGUUUAAAUAUUGAAAAGCAAGAGCAUAGUGGUACCACUGGUCGUCUACAUACUCCAGAGUUCUGUCAUAGGCCUCGUUUAAUAAUUUUAGUAAGACACGGUGAAAGUGAAUCUAAUAAAGAUAAAAGUAUAAAUGAACAUAUCCCAAACCAUUUGAUUGCACUUACUGAUCAAGGUUGGGCUCAAGCCAAACAAGCUGGGGCUCAAUUAUUGAAGGUUUUAAAUUUAGAAAAUGAAAAAUUAAGAGAAGAGUUGGAUGAAAAAUAUAGAUUACCGGAUGAAUCAAGAAAAUUAUUACCCUUGCAUGAUUAUAAACAAUUAAAUAAAACUUUAGAUGAAAAUAUUGUUUUUUAUACAUCUCCAUAUAGAAGAACAAGAGAAACAUUAAAGGGGAUAUUAGAUGUAAUAGAUGAAUAUAAUUUGAAAAAUGCAGGGGUUCAUGCUUGUCAAAGUUAUCAACCUUGUGGGAAACAAAAGCAUGCCGUUUGGCCUACUCCAUUCCCAUCUGGCGUAUAUGAAAAUAAUGAACAUACUCAUUGCUUACAAAAGAAGGAUAAAACAAAGACUUAUGUCCAAUAUAGAGUUAAAGAUGAUCCUCGUAUUAGAGAACAAGAUUUUGGUAAUUUCCAAGAAAUUACAAGUAUGCAAGAUGUUAUGGAAAAGAGGCAAACAUAUGGUCAUUUUUUCUUCAGAUUUCCUCAAGGUGAAAGUGCUGCUGAUGUAUAUGAUAGAGUUGCUAGUUUUCAAGAAACUCUAUUUAGAUCUUUUUAUAGAUCUUCGACAAAGAAGCCAAGAGAUGUUGUAGUACUGGUUACACAUGGUAUAUAUUCAAGAGUGUUUUUAAUGAAAUGGUUUCGUUGGACAUAUGAAGAAUAUGAAUCGUUUAUUAAUGUUCCAAAUGGUAGUUUGAUGGUGAUGGAAUUAGAUGAGGCAAAUGAUAGAUAUAUGUUAAGAACUGAAUUACCAAAAUGGUGUUAG